UAUGAGGCUGUUGAGACAACUAAAUCCUCAAGGAAUCGCUUUGAGAACUCGGAGGUUCACAAGACGCACGUAUCACUCCAUGGGGCCCAAUUACAUAUGGCAUGUAGAUGGCUAUGAUAAACUGAAACCCUGUCAGGAUGUAUAGAUGGCUUUUCAAGAAGACUGAUGUGGCUUGUGUGUGGAGCAACAAACAACAACCCGGCUGUUAUAGCUCACAAUUAUAUAAACUGUGUAAAGAGUCUUGGUGUGAUACCAAUGAGAUUACGAACAGACUUCGGGACUGAGAAUGGGACUAUGGCAGCAAUACAGUGUACCCUCCGUCACGCGCACACGGACUAUUAUGCUGGAUCGUCAAGCCACAGUUACGGAUCAUCUACUGGGAAUCAGCGCAUCGAGUCAUGGUGGUCUUAUUUCAGAAGAGGAAGGUCUCAGUUUUGGAUGGACUUUUUUGGAGACCUAAGAGACUCUGGAAACUUCAAUGGAAGCCACGAACGCCAAUGCUUGCUGAGAUUCUGCUUCACAGGGGUUCUACAGAAAGACCUGGAUGAAUGCAAAGACCUCUUGAACAAACACAGGAUCCGGCCAAGCAGACUUGCAUCGUGUCCAGGGGGGAUUGCAAACAAACUCUAUCUCUUGCCUCACAGAUAUGGUUCAAGAGACUGUGGAUUUGCUGUUGAGGAGAGGGAACUGGAUGUGUUUCCCGAGGAGGGGCUACUGGUUGGAUUGUGUGGUGAUCCAAACAUUGGGGAAUAUUUACAACAGGCUGUACAACAAAACACACUGCAGCAGCCACAAGACUGGGAAUCGGCCACAGAACUGUAUUUGGCCCUGAAGGACAUAGCUGGGUUUUAGAUACCAACUGAACUUCAGUUUGUAAUGACAUUUGUCAGAGUUACUCUGACGAAGACACACACGGUGUCGAAACGUUAGUUUCUUUCCUUUUUUUGCACCUAAUAAAACCUUUGGACUUAC